UUCGAUACCAAACGUAUUCUCUCGGAGAGAUCAGGAGGACUCAACCAAAAACAGCGAGCUUUCGUCCUCCGAUCACGCCGCAGUAUAUUUACCAAAUUUACCACUCUCUGGGUUUGUUUACCUCGCCGGAGACUUCAAGAUGUCUGAUUCCGACAUGGACAUUGACGAUGAUGAGGUCGAACAAAAGGUGCAAGUACAUACAAUUGGAGGAGAAUCUAAACCAAUUCAAGCUCCCAAUCCCCAGAACGGGAACUCUUUUGUUCAUUCAAACUCGUCCCAUGUUGAUGUGAAGAGGCAUUCUGUAACAACACCUUCAAAUGAGCAAGCAAAUAUCAUAAAGGAACAAGCUUUUGCUCAAGAUAAUGGAACUUUAUCAAGAUUUCCUGCUCCGGGUAUAACGCCAAACAGCUUUUUCCCUGCCGCCGGUGAAGGGAAUGAACCAGAACAAAAACGUGCAGCUCAUCUCUGCAAGUUUUUUGCUAAAGGGUGGUGUUUCAACGGGGUUUCCUGCAAGUUUCUACAUGUGAAAGAGAAUUCAAAUUGCACUAGUCAACAACAGCCGGAAAAUAACAUGGCUGGAAGCAGUUAUAUCCAGUCUGAUGUAGAAAGAAGAAUAUCGAACAGCAUUAGAGUUUCCCACUUAAUGGAAAAUGGCGUGACACCUUCGCAUACCAGAGAGGAUUUAUCUUUCGUGAAUCCCCCAGGUUCUCAGAGAGUUUUCUCCUCCAUGUCUUUCGUCAAUCCCCCAGGUUCUCAGAGAGUUUUCCCGUUCAAUAACGAGAUGCGCUUUUUGCCUUCGUCUGAAAACAUAGGAAGAGAGAGUUUGCAGCAAACGUGUGGUGCUGCUUUCACUGACAACAGGUCUCUAGUUAUUAAUAACAGCAAUUCCUUCACAUUGAGAAGCAGCUUUGUUCAUCAUGAGCAUAGAUCUCCUAUCAGUUCCUAUUUAAAACCAGACAUUGGAUCCUCUGGACCAGCCUGGACAGGAUCUUUGUCCAGUUCUGUAGCUUCUGUUCCCAUGAAUGAGGGUGCUUCUACCGUGGCGAACUUUAAAAAGGAGGAUAAUAUAUAUGGAUCUCGAUCACUUCCAACGCUGCAAGAGAGUCAGGCAGCUGUUUCUUCUGAGAAAGGUGCAGCAGGCAACACAACUAGCAGUAGAAAGAAAGUUUCUUCAGAUGAUUGGGAACCUUCUGAACCCUUUAAAGCAUCGUUUACAAUUCCACCUUAUAUACUUCCCUCGUCUGAUGCCCUCUACGAUCCUUUCACGGAUAUAGAGAAUCUAGGAGACAGGUCUCUUAAUGCUUCAUUGUCAAGUAAAGGAGAACAGGCACGGAAAAUUUCUCGCCAGCAGAAAGAUGGUGAUUCUGGAAGUGGUACCCAAGCACGGGAAUGCAAGAAUGAUGAUAAAAGCAGUUCAUGCAGUCAAAAUCAACACCAAGAAAGUGUGGCGAGAAGGAGUUUGGAAGCACAUGGAGUAGUGGAAGGGGUGGCUACUUCAGUGGUUGAUCAAAAUGAUACAACAACUCCUAGUAAAGAGAUUUCUUCGGUAGCAGCUGCAGAGAAUAGAGUUGUUUUGAAAAGGAGCAAACCUGCAGGGCAUGAUGCUUGGCAUAGAAGUGAUGGGUCUUCAUAUAAAAAGACUUUGAAACCAGAUGAGAUAGAUGGUGAAGUGAGGUCAGAUGCGGAGAUAAAAGUAAUGAGACAAUUCCGAACUGCAGUUGUGGAAACCGUUAAAGAAAUGUUGAAACCGUUGUGGCGUGAAGGUCGUCUUACCAAAGACGUGCAUAACAUGAUAGUUAAAAAAGCUGCGGAAAAGGUAGUAAGUGCCGCUGUCCAGUUUCAUCAGGUACCAACUGACACCGGAUCAGUUGAUCAGUAUCUUGGUUUGUCUGCAACCAAAAUUGUGAAGCUUGUCGAGGGGUACGUUGAAAAGUACGGUAAACCCUGAGUUAUCAAACCAAAUGCCACUUUGGUGGCAAUGGCAAUGAGCUCGAAUGAACGAGAUUCUUGUAAAUUAUGUCAUCCUUUCUUUUUCCUCAAUUAGUAUUUAGUACGUAGCAACUAAAUUCUUUUGUUCCUAUCCUUUUACCAAUAAUGGAACAAAGGUUGGAAAUGGAGCUUGGUGGAAGGAAAUGUGUAUGUAUACAAUUAUAAAACUCUUCAAAGCUUAAUUUAGAGUUAAAAACAGUUUUUCACC